UUUGUGGUGCUUGGAAACAGUGCCAGAGUGAGACGUCUUACUUUCUCUGUGCUAAAGGGCACCCAGGCCGGGGUUUGACAGUCAACCAUUCGUGUAAACUUUAGGUUUAUUUCCCUCGGUUUACCCGCCUCACUUCAAGCAGCAUCAUGUUCGCCGUCAGAAAUGCUCUCCGCCUCGGCUCCAGGUUAUCCAUCCCGGCGGUGGCGAGGAGAGGAUGCGCGGGGGCUGCGAUACCUGUGGACGACGUAGUGAACGGACUCACGGACGAGCAGAUACAGCUCAGGCAAACAGUCCGGAAAUUCUGUGCGGAAAAGCUAGCACCCUAUGCUGAUGAUAUCGACAAGAACAAUGACUUUCCAGGAAUGCGGAAAUAUUGGCAAGAAAUGGGAGAGAUGGGACUCCUUGGCAUCACAGCUCCAGUGGAAUAUGGGGGCACAGGAUUGGGCUACUUGGAUCACGUCAUUGUGAUGGAGGAAAUGUCUCGAGUGUCUGCAGCUAUUGCACUCAGUUAUGGUGCCCACUCUAACCUCUGUGUCAACCAGAUGGUUCGCCACGCCAACGAGAAGCAGAAGGAGAAGUACAUGCCAAAGUUAAUGACUGGAGAGCAUGUAGGAGCCCUCGCCAUGAGUGAGCCCAAUGCUGGCUCUGAUGUUGUCUCAAUGAAACUAAAAGCCAAAAAGAAAGGCGACUACUACAUUCUGAAUGGUAACAAGUUCUGGAUCACAAAUGGUCCCGAUGCAGACGUCCUCAUUGUUUAUGCAAAGACAGACCCUGAAGCGCAUCAAAAGGGGAUCACAGCUUUCAUCGUUGAAAAGGGGAUGCCAGGAUUCUCUACAGCACAGAAGCUCGACAAACUCGGCAUGAGAGGAUCCAACACCUGCGAGCUGAUCUUUGAAGACUGCAAAAUCCCAGAGGAGAACAUCCUCGGCCCAUUAAACAAAGGUGUGUAUGUGAUGAUGAGUGGCUUGGAUCUGGAGAGGCUGGUGCUGGCAUCAGGGCCUAUUGGCAUCAUGCAGUCAGUCUUAGACUUUGCUGUUCCCUACCUUCACGUAAGAGAAGCUUUUGGACAGAAAAUCGGGCACUUUCAGUUAAUGCAGGGAAAGAUGGCAGACAUGUACACCAGGUUGAGCUCCUGUCGACAGUAUGUGUACAAUGUGGCCAAGGCCUGUGACAAAGGACACUUUAGUGCGAUGGACUGUGCUGGAGUGAUCCUCUAUUGUGCAGAGAAUGCCACUCAGGUUGCUCUAGAUGGCAUUCAGUGUUUGGGUGGAAAUGGUUACAUCAACGAUUACCCCAUGGGGCGUUUCCUGCGUGAUGCAAAGCUGUACGAAAUUGGUGCCGGCACGAGCGAGAUUCGCAGACUUAUCAUUGGGCGAUCCUUCAACUCCAUGUUUAAGUAAAUCACACGGCUGGAGACAUGAUCGAUCAAGACUGUGCGAGUGGUUUGCCGUGGAUGAACACAGUUACUCUCACCCCAGAGCCUUAUACUGUAUGAACUGCUGCUGCUGUAAAGAUGGAUGAUCACGUUUCAGAACCAUUGUCCAUUUGUUUUAAGAUAUAAAAUGAUGAAAUCACAACAAUUUGUUGGUUAUUCAGAUCAUCAGAUUGCCUUGAGUCACUUUUCUUUCAUUGUUAGACUAACUGAAGUGACUUAAUAACCACUUAGAUGCCAAUAUAGCAAUUAAAAAUAAACAUAUAGAGUCUGUAUAGAAACUUUGUGAAUAGGCAGUGUUGCGGAUUUUUCUCUUAUGUGAUGAAAUUUAAUGGGCUUUGGGAAAAGUUCAGUGUAGUAGUGUAGCAUUACAUUUUUUUCCUCAUUGUGUUAUUUUUUCCCCCUUUACAUUAAACACUCCUCCAACAGCGCACAUUGAUAUAUAAAGGGUUGAAAGAAUAAAUGAUGGUUAUUUUACUGGCAUUACUGAGAAGAAAUGGCACACUGAUGUAUUUAAAGACUGAGCAGAUGGGGGCUCGGUGCUGCAGGCCAUUAUCAUACCUUACAUGUGAGUGACACUACAGCUGAUUAUAAAGAAUUCCUUAAUCUAUCAUCACUCUAAAUGAUGCUAACUGAUCAAAAAGGACAAAGAGUUGAUUUCUGAAAAUAAGGAGUUUGUUCAUUGUUGGAGCAAACAUAUUCCACUGUAAUAUUUAAAGUGUCUGUAAAGUCUGACUGGAGAAUUGUGUUCGUCUUCACUCUAGUGGACUUUUGUCGUCAGAAUGUAGAUGUACAGGGUGGAAGUGUAUGAAAUAUUGUAUUUCUGUUUGAAGAAAUAAAAAAUACAUUUUAUAAUCUGUCAGCUCAAAUUUGUGUUCAGUUAUUUACUUCAUUAAAAUAAUGCAUUUCACUGAUGUAAUGUGAACGUAAACGCAAAGCAAAAUAAACUUUUCACCAACUUG